AUGGUGAGCGCCAGCAGGAAGACCAAGAAGAAGAAAGGGGGGGCCCUCCGGGCCCAGAGGGCAUCCUCCAAUGUCUUCUCCAACUUUGAGCAGACCCAGAUCCAGGAGUUCAAGGAGGCGUUCACGCUGAUGGAUCAGAACCGAGACAGGUUUGUCGACAAGGAGGACCUGAAGGACACCUAUGUCUCCCUAGGCAAAACCAACAUCAAGGACGAUGAGCUAGAUGCCAUGCUCAAGGAGGCCUUGGGGCCCAUCAGCUUCACUAUGUUCUUGAACCUGUUUGGGGAGAAGCUGAACGGUACAGACGCUGAGGAGACCAUCCUAAACGCCUUCAAGAUGCUUGACCCCGAGGGCAAAGGCAGCAUCAACAAGGAGUACCUCAAACGUCUGCUGAUGUCCCAGGCCGACAAGAUGACCAUGGAAGAGGUCAACCAGAUGUUCCAGUUCGCCUCCAUCGAUGCUGCGGGCAGCUUAGACUACAAGGCAGGGAGGAGACGGAGGAAUGAGGGGCCCACCCCCAGGGCCUCCCCUGGGCUGCGACCACUCAAUAAACGUGGGCCCACAAACCUGCGCCUGCAUUGUCUGCCUGUGGGGGGGGUCUCCUGGUGUGCGCCCCCUCGCUGCCCCCUCUGCCCUACCACCGGCCCAGGGUCUGGAGCAGGAUUCUUCCAGCCAGGACUGGCCGUCCUGUGUCUGGACACCAAGGUGUCCUGUGGUCCUGUCGCCCUGGAGUGCACCUGCGUCCACACUGAAGUAGCUCCUCUUGCCGCGGCCACAGCAUCUGCCUUGGGCUGA